AUGCGUGUCUCAAGCAUCGCUUACGUCAUCGGCCUCUUGGCCACGGCCACAAACGCGGCUCCCGAGGGGAACUUUGAGUCCACACUCGCGAAGCGUGAAGAAGCCUUUCACCUGGCGGCCCGCGCCCUCUACGAUCACAUUGAAGCCAACGAGCACCAGCUCGGUAAGCGGGCUAGUUAUCAGAUUGGAAACGGCUGUAUUUCCAGGACCAACAGUCCUGUUGGAGUUGGCGCGAUUUACAAGCGCGAUGCUUAUGACGAGGACAACUACGGCGGUGGCUACAGUGGUGGUAGUGGUGGUGGUGGUGGUAUGGGCCAGCAGGGUGGUGGUGGCUUCGGUGGUAUGGGCCAGCAGGGUGGUGGUGGCUUCGGUGGUAUGGGCCAGCAGAAUGGUGGUGGCUUCAGUGGUAUGGGCCAGCAGGGUGGCGGCUUCGGUAUGGGCCAGCAGGGUGGCGGCUUCGGUGCUGGUGCUGUCCAGGGUACGCAGGGCAUCAGCAAGUGGGAUGCGGUGCGUCGUCUUUUCCGGAUGGGGAAGCUUAAGACGAACCCGCAAAGCCCGAAGACCAAAUCAAACUUCUUAUAUUGCAUUGCCGGCACGCAAAGGCACAAUCAGCUGGCACAGACCGGGGGUCAGGGGAGCCACAUGCUUCACAACGGCGUGGGCAUGAACAACAUGAACGGCGGCAAUACAAUGGGAAUGGGCAACAACUUUGGCGGCAGUGGUGGUGGAAUGCCAGGUGGUGGAAUGUCAGGUGGUGGAAUGCCAGGUAGUGGAAUGCAAGGUGGUCGAAUGGGUAGCGGCAAUAUGGACAGCGGUUUGUACAAACGAGGCCUGGAGGGCGAUUCCGCCGGUCCAUCCCUGACCGGUGGCCCGUCUACUGGUGGGUCGCCCCCGCCCCAGGCUGGUUCCCCCGGUUCCCCGGCUCCUAGAGCACCGCAGAACCAGCCCGACGACCACGCUGCCGCAGCCUCCCGCAGAAGCGCAAUCCAGACGCAAAUCAACCGAAGCAAGACUCGCUCUGUCCCUGCAGGCCCAGCCAACCCGAACCCUGCUAGUGUUGGUAGCAAUCCCGCUGGAAACGGCAUCACAAACGCUUAUGGAGCCCAGUAUUGACAUUUCUUUUUGGUUGCCUUGUGUUGGUUGCAUUUCUUUCCUGU